AUGAAGGCAUAUUUGGCUCUGAUGAAACUAAGGAUGAGAGAACAGACACGGGCCGUCCGUUAUAAAACGGAGCGCGGCGUUCGCGAGCGCGUACAAUUGACACAAAACGGAGCGGGAAAAUGGUCACGCUCACGAGUGCGCGCGUGGGUGGAGGCGGAAAAGUUGCGCGGGGGUCAUCGCGUGAACUUUAGACAGCGGUCCGCUCGGCGUCCGACGCAGUACUGCCGCGGCCCGGGCAUGCGGCACCCCGGACGCGCCGCACCGCGCCCGUCGCCGGCAGCUUUCAACCCG